AUGCCAGGCAACUUCGCUCGUGACCUGUUCAAUCAGACCAAGGUUGACAAUUUCCUUUCUUUAAUUCCUGAUGAGGAUAGGAAGCAGAAGUUGAAGGAAAUUUUGAAAAUUUUUGUCUGUCUUCGAAAAGUUUAUCGCUCAACCCAUCCGAACCAGGAAGAUGUAUGCCUCUACAAGGACAAAGCUGUUAAAAUGGGCCGCCUUCUGCUAGUCAACUUUACCUAUGUUGGCUGGCCUAACUACCUUCAUAAGAUCAUCAAGCACGUACAGGAGAUAAUCCAAGAUCCGGAAGGGCCAGGAGCUGUUGGCACCAUCAGUGGUGAAGGCAACGAGGCUGCUAAUAAAUUAUUUAGGGAGCUUCGGGGACAUUUCUCCCGGAAAACAGACGAGUCUCAAUCACUUAAAGACAUCAUCUGGUACCACUGGUUAUACACAAGCCCAAAACUACGCCGAAUUAGCCAUGUUAAGGCCAGAAAGUAUCAAUGCUCCAACUGCAACGAGCUUGGGCAUAACGCAAGGAGUUGUCAAAGAUAA